AUGGCCUCCGGGCCCGCUUUGGGCCCUCACUCGCUGGCUCCCCGCCCCGACGCGGCCCGUAAGCCGGCGGCUUCUCCCUCUCCGCGGCCUUCUGGGCCGGGAAGCGGAGAGCGGGAUCCGAGCCGAGCCGAGCCCGGCCUGGGAGCGCGAUCCCGCGGAAGUGUAUUUCAGAGUCUGCGACGUCCGGAGGAGCGGCAGAGACAGCGACAGGGCAGCGGCGGAGGCGACCUCAGUCCAGGAGCCACCAUAUCUGAAGACAUCAAGUCCAAGAUCCAAAACUACCGCACGGCGCCAUUUGACAGCCGCUUCCCUAACCAGAACCAGACUCGCUACUGCUGGCAGAACUACCUGGAUUUUCACCGUUGUGAGAAGGCCAUGAACGAUAGAGGCGGUGACGCAUCCGUCUGCGAGUGGUACAAGCGUGUCUACAAGUCCCUCUGUCCAGCGUCCUGGGUGAAUUCUUGGGAUGAUCGCAUUGCAGAAGAUAGCUUCCCUGGGAAGAUCUGAGCCACUUUCUCUUCCUCCCUAAUCCCCACCCUGAUGCCUGGGGCUGGAUCCCUUCUUCCUUCCGAGUGGGAGGAAUGUGAUCUUUGACUGCCCUUGCACUGGGAGACCUGAAUCAUCUUAAAAUAAACUGUAUUGGAAUCGGAAAAAAAA